AUGCCGUCGCCGCCGCCGGCGAACACGCAUCAAGUAUUGGAGAUCAACUUGAUCUCCGCGCAGGGCUUGAAGCCGCCUUCGUCUCCUCGGCGAAGGCUCCAAACCUAUGCCGUCACGUGGAUCGACCCUGACACGAAGCUCCGAACUCGCGUGGACAAGCUCGGCGGUCACAACCCUACCUGGAACGACAAGUUCCUCUUCCGCGUAUCGCCAGAGUUUCUCGCCGGUGACACCUCCAGCGUCUGCGUUGUCAUCUACGCCAUCGGCACCUUUCGGGACCACCUCGUCGGCACCGUGCGGUUCUUCAUCAGCAACAUGCUCUCCCGCGACGCCGACAAGUCGACGCCGUGCUUCAGCGCCUUCCAGAUCCGGCGGCCUUCGGGGAGAUUUCACGGCGUGAUGAACAUCGGUGCCAUGGUGAUGGACGGCUCCGGCUUCCCUGCGCUGGAGAAGAUUCCAGCGAUAGGGUACCGCGACCUGAUGGGAGAGAAGAUACAGCAGCGGCGGAGGAAGACGGUGGAAGAGAAAUCGAAGGAAUUAAAGGAAGAGGAAGUGUUGUCGAGCGAAUCUUGCGACAAUUCUUGCACGGAAGAGGGGGAAGGGGAGUCGUCAACGGCGUCGUCUUCUUCGUCGCCGAGAACGUUGAAGGAUUGGAACGGAGUGAGGGAAUUGGCGGGAAAUAAAGCGUUGACAAUGUCGGCUUCGGGAUUCUUGUGCUGUUUAGUAAGUCAAAGGAGUGUUCACCAACAAUUUAGUCCAACCAAUCCUUCUCUUGAAAGGUAA